AGGCAUGACUAUAUAUAUGAGUCAUGUUUUAUGAACAAUGUUCUACUGUUCAYUGUUCAGUAGUCAGUACCUAAUAUUUAGUAAGUAAAAACUAAAAAGUAUUAGUGCUUGUAAUGUUCACGGCUGUGCAACUCGAUGGGCAACAGGUAAAUUUUAGUAACAACAGACGAGGUAACAAUCUAUGACAUUAGUGAUUGAYAUUGAACAGUUACUUCAAGUGUUGUUUAAAUUACCUACAAACUACAAUAAUACUUACUUAACUUUGAGUAUAUUACACUAUUWUUGAAUUUGCUCAAUCAUAAUGGAACAACAUCAUCGAAAAUUGAUUAAUAAGCGUAUGUCAGAAUUAGUAUCYGUUACUUUUGACUUAAAAUCUAUCGUAGAUAUUCUUUUUCAAAGAGUUGUUAUCAAUAAAUGGAUGAAAGAUUAUAUUUUGGGUGAUGAGGGAGAAUCAUCUAAAACAACAAAAUUGUAUGAAGUAAUUCAAGGACGAGGACCUGAAGCAUUUACAAAUUUAUGUAAAGUAUUAAAAGAAACGGGCAACAUAAAAGCUUACGACAUUUUAACGUCCAAAACAUGUGAUGAAGAGGAAGAUCAAUUAAGUUUAUUGGACAAAGAAUUUAACAAAAUCAUUAUAGAUCAUGACGACUCAUAUGUGACAGUUCAUCCUGAACAUAAACUCAUGAAACAUUAUGAAGCAAAAGUGAACACUCAUUUUAAUUGUGGGGCUUAUCCAAUGGAAUCAAAUCCCAAAGGACACGCAUUGAUCUUAAAUAUUAAUAAUAUAAAAUAUAGAGAUGAAAGAAAAGGAUCAGAUGUUGAUAUGGCAAAUUUAAUAAAAUUAUUUAAGGGCCUUGGAUAUAUUGUUCACGCAAAAGUAGAUUUAACUGAAAGACAAUUCAAGAAUGUUAUUAAUGAUUUCAUUAGUGUAUGUGUAAGUGAAAAAGCUAACUCUAUUGUUGUUUUUAUAAUGAGUCACGGUGAAGCUGGAAAAGAGUCAACCAGAUCAUCAGACAUAUUGGCUGCAGAUGGCAUUACAAUAAAUACGGACUGGAUAAUAGAACAAUUUGUAGUCAAUUAUGUUAAACAUAUACCAAAAUUAUUUUUUAUUMAAGCGUGUCGAGGAGAUAAUAGUGAUUUUGGUUGGAAGUAUCACGAUGGUGAAAACAAUCGUUUACAUAAGGACAGCGGCACUUUAUCCCCAUAUACCACAAUUUUUGAACGGCGUUAUAAGGAUGUAUUUAUAGCAUAUGCCACUAUUCCUGGGCAUACUGCUAAACGUGAUCCAAUAGAGGGAUCAUGGUUUGUACAAAAAUUGUGUGAAGUAUUUCGUAAAAAUGCUUACAACACAAAUUUGAAUGAAAUGAUGUUAAUGGUUGACAAUGAAGUAGAACGACUUAACAGCAUCCAUCAUGGAUUUCAAACAGUAGAAUGGUGUUUUAGAGGUUUCAAUAAAUGGUUUUUCUUUAACCCGGGCGUCUAUCAAGAUAGUUCAGAUCYUGAAACCAUAGUGACUACUUCAACCAAUCCUACUGAUGUUUAAAAACGAAUAUCAUUUUUUAAAUUAUAACUAACUAUUUAGGAAAGUUAAUGUUAAGACUGAACAUUUUUUAAAAUAUUUUUAUACAUAUUUUUUAUGAGUUUAUUUUAAACAUUUUCAAUACAACUGAGUAUAAAUUUUGUAAAAGUUUUCUACUAUUGCAUUUUUCAACCUUGAUAUUUGUAUUUUCC